ACGCAGCCGCAGGCCGGGGCCGGGACGCAGCUGGGGAGGCAGGGACGCGCGCAGCCAGCCCUUCCCCCUCCGGCUCCCGCACCGCCGGCCGCCUCCCCUCGCCCUCCUCCUCUCCCCUCCCUGCUCCUUCGCUUCUCCUCCUCCGCCUCUCCCGGCCCCGGCUGCCAGCACCAUGUCCGCAGGGGGAGAUUUUGGGAACCCGCUGAGAAAAUUCAAGUUGGUGUUCUUGGGGGAGCAGAGCGUCGGGAAGACGUCUCUGAUCACGAGGUUCAUGUAUGACAGCUUCGACAACACGUACCAGGCAACCAUUGGAAUUGACUUCUUGUCAAAAACCAUGUACUUGGAAGAUCGUACGGUGCGACUGCAGCUCUGGGACACAGCGGGCCAGGAGAGGUUCCGCAGCCUGAUCCCCAGCUACAUCCGGGACUCCACGGUGGCUGUAGUGGUGUACGACAUCACAAACCUCAACUCCUUCCAGCAGACCUCUAAGUGGAUCGACGAUGUCAGGACAGAGAGGGGCAGCGACGUGAUCAUCAUGCUGGUGGGCAACAAGACGGACCUGGCCGACAAGAGGCAGAUAACCAUCGAGGAGGGGGAGCAGCGCGCCAAAGAACUGAGUGUCAUGUUUAUCGAGACCAGUGCGAAGACCGGCUACAACGUGAAGCAGCUCUUCCGACGUGUGGCGUCGGCUCUGCCUGGAAUGGAGAAUGUGCAGGAGAAAAGCAAAGAAGGGAUGAUCGACAUCAAGCUGGACAAACCCCAAGAGCCCCCAGCCAGCGAAGGCGGCUGCUCCUGCUAAUGCAGCCUGACCUGACGGCUUCCUCCGACACUACUCGCUUGUUGUGUUGCUUCCUAUUGGUUAGCUUCCUAAAGGGGGGUGGGGAAUGAGCUUAUCAAGAUGGGAGGAUUUUUCUUUUCUCUCUGUCUCUAGGAGUAGGGUAGGGUGGGGAGGGAGGCUGGGCAUCAGGGAUCACGUCACUCUUAACAGCUGUUACUUAAACAACUAUUUUUUGGUUUGGUUGUAAUAUAUUGUACUUUAUUAAGAUUGCCAAAAACUGUUAAAAUUUAAAAAAAAUUUAAAUCAUGUGUAUACAACUUUUUGCCAGAUAAAAAUGUAGUCAUUUUUAUUUGAAAGAUGUGCUUUUUUUGUUUUUGUAUAUUUGUAAACUUACAGAGAACCUUUUCCACACACCUCCUCUGUCCUGUCCUCUUUGAACUGUUCAUCACCUCUGCCUUCCUCCCACCCCCCGCCCAAUAAACUAAAACAUUAACUGGGCGACUUAAUUAGGCUCCAGUCCUGGGCCAUCUGGCCCAUAUCAACCAGGCACCACAAAACACGUCCUGCCUGGUCAAUUCAAACACUGAUUGAACGAAGCCUCUGAGGAAGGCAGCUCUGACACUGUCCUUCCGUGGCAAGGGUGGUACAGUGGCAUGGCCCUGAGCUGACAUUAAGGUCUUGCGGACUGCAGGGAGCCCAGCAGCAGGCCCCAUUGCAAUUACUUCUGCUUCUCCCUUCCCCUCCCUGAAAAUCCUUGAAGGGGAUGGUGGGCAUUUGCCACAGGCAACCUUGUGUUCUCUGUGGUCCGCCCAGUGACUGGCAGAGCAAGAGGUCAUUGGAAGGAAGGAUGGGGUGCUGUUGGCAACUGGGGGCAGUGUUGAUGUGUGGUUGGUUCACAGGCUUGGGGCACCAUGUGUACUUCUAAAAAUGUUUCAACCAACCGGCCCAGUGUUCAGCACACAGAUCUGGGUUGAAUCUACAGGAAAAGCAGAGAGAUUCAUUGUGUGCCCUCAGGGAGGGUGGUCUGCAGAACCACUACUGUAAAGAUGCAUGUUCUCAGAUCCUCAGUUGCUAAUACUGUUCAGUGCUGUUCUGGAAAAGCUGACUUCUUGAUGUGUUUUUGCCCCACUGGCCCAGUGCAUUUGAAAUCUCUGUGCACGUACCUUUGUGGAUAUUGUACCCACACUCUGGUUGCCUGAGAAUUAGGGCUGAGGUGGGGUCUCCAGAAGGCUGCCCAGAGAGAGCCAUCUUUGCCAUUUUUGACUCAUUUCUGAGAAGGGCUAAGUCUGAAGACCUGUAAAAUCCCUGAAGGGAACUCUCUCUUCUAAGUGAUGUAACCCACUUGGCCUGUACUCUGAAUAGACCCAGACUCACCGACUCUGAGUCUACACAAAGCCAGGCAGAUGACAGCAGCUCUGGCCCAAAACUAAACUCCGCCCUCCAAAAAGCUGGCAUUGACUCCUCCCCAGGCUGCUGUUGGUCAUGUCAAAGGUGAGCUAAAUGACCAUCUGGGUUAUGAUAGGGGGUGAAUUCCUCCACAAAGCAGAGCUCAAGCAAGUUACUGCAGCGAAUUUUGGAACUUCUCAGAAACUAAUCCAAAAUGGCAGCCAGUAAGUGCAGUGAAACGUGGCAGACCUCACUGCUGUUUGUCCAGCGGGCCUGCCGCACACUUUCAGUUAAGGAGACUGGGUGUCAGAGCUGAUCCUUAAAGAGAACUCUAUCUUCAGGUGAAGAAAUGAGGAAGGAGAAUUCCCACUGAACUCCUCCUAAAGGCAAAGACCAACGUACGAACGUAAUCCCGAUGUCGUGUGUUUAGUUUUUAUAUGUGUGUACAUAAUUAUAUAUAGAGAUAGACUUGUGUAUACACCUUCCACACACACAUUCCCAGAGGUACAUGUGCUCCACAUAUAUUCUUGUUUUUCCUGCUCUCCAGUUGAAACUUGCAUUGUGAUAACAGUUUUGGACAUUCAAAAGUACUGCAAUGUGUUGAAAUAAGAAGUACUUAAUAUUGUCAAAAAACUUGUGAUUGUCUUGCCAUCAAUAAAAUAAUUACAUAGAUGUGUUAAACUACAGGCAAAACUAGCCCACAGGAAUAUGUGCACCAUUGCUCCCUCUAUGUACUUAUAUGCACGGGUGUGCAUGCCAUGUGGGCCAGCACCCCCCCACCAUGGCACACCCCCAAGUGGUGCUUGUUGGAAGAGUGCUUACUUACCUCGUGAGAGUUUGUAGGAGUCCGUGUUACAGCAUCUGGACUGAGUGGCAGUGAGGGCCAUUACUUGUGGCCCCUGAACAGCCCCAUUUGCAGGGAUCUGCACUGGGUCUCAGUGAAUGAAUGUAUGGUGGAUUUUUAUUUUCUUGGUACUAAAGAAUAGCUUUUCUUAAAACAUUCCUAUAAAAAAAAAAAGUAGAAACUCAGUUCCCUCCUCAUGUGCGCACAUACCCAAGGCACCAUGAGCUCUUUAUUCUAUCCCAGCCUCCAGGAGCAGUAAGAGACACAGGAGAUGGUCAGCUUGCUGUGGCCUCUGUGAGCCCCACCUCUUCUAGCAAGUACACAACAUCCCUUCUUUUGAGUCAGGCUCUCCCCAGCCCUGCGGGCCUCUGCAGGUGAGAGCAGUUGCCUCAUCUUGUCUUCACACCUUGGUCAUGCCAUCCCAUUCCAUGACCCUUCUCUCCUCAGGCCCAAUUUGCACCCAAUAUCCUGGCGUGUCCGGGCAGCUAGGCCUCUUGCACGCUACUGCAUUGGUUCUUUGGUUCUCAU